UGAUUUAUAUUUUUUCAAAACUUUAUUUUCAGUUUGUUAGGUUAGCUUCCGCUAUUACAGAUAAUGGGACCCCACUGUUUACUUUCUGGAUCGUCAUAGAUUGUGCCAUGGUGGUAAAGCAAAUUAGCUACAUUUCAGGACAAGUUUGGAAAACUACACGGUUUACAGCAAUUUUGCUAUGCCAAAGAGAAGUUUAAAAUCUUAGUUGUAUUUUACCGCAUUAAUACAUUACUGCAAGGGAGUGACUUUUUUUUUUUUUUUUUAAUCUUAAGUAAAUACAUCGUUUUACUUCCUCCCAGACGUGACAGGUUUGCCGGAAGUCGUCAUCAUGGGGUUUGUUUGGGACUACGUGGAAAGGAAGUGGUGUCUGAAAUUAUCAAAACAAGACGGUGCUGCUCGUCUGUACAACAUAACUUCAACAUAUUGGUGAUUUUGCCGUCAUGAAAUAGCAAUUUGAUUGUGCAUCAGAACAGCAGUUAAUCGUACAACAGACGAUUUUGUUAUUUGUUUACACGGUUCUAAAUAUUUAAGCCCGAUGACAGUUCAGGGCCUGGAAUACCUUCAGUCGCUUAUGUAGUUGUCGCCAGUUAAGUCAUCAGUGGCUCCGUAUACUACAUCGCAGCGGGUUUUAAACCUAGAGAUGAGUUGGUUUAAUGCAACUCACUUGUCUAGUUUUGCCAAACAGGCUUUUACGACAGCUCAGAAAUCAAUCGACAGGGUUUUGGACAUCAAAGAGGAAGACCAAUGGGGUGACACUGUAAUGCCUUCCUAUGAUGUACCUGGAACAGGUUCUUCAGCAAGUGGUGGAUGGGGUACCACUCAGUGGGCAUCUCCCCCAGAAGAAUCCACAAAUUCUGGAUCUACAGAAGCAAUCACGACCCCUGUCACAAGGACCGUUGUGGACGAAUCUGAACAUUUCUUCAGUGCCUUUUUAUCUUCAACAGACCUACAAAGUGUCAAAAAUACUCCAGUGGUUUCUAUACCUCCUACAAAAGCGCAUAGGCCCAAAGAGGAAAAUAAAGAAAUAAGUGAUACUCCAAAUUCUAGGCAGACAGAUUUGGUUGAGACAACUGGGAAGCUGGAAAUAAAAACCCAAACUGUCCCCAGACCUGAGAAUAUUGAACUAACAAAGCCUGAUUUGGAUGUGGCUAUUGAUGGACCAGAAACAGAACUUGAACAUCCCGUAAUACAUGAAACGCCAAAAGUGUGCAAGGAGGAGUGUGUUAAUGAAGAAAAAAUAAGUGAUAACUCAGAAAUAAAAACAGAUGUUUCUGAAGUGAAACUAAACCAAUCUGUUUUGCCCACCAGUACAAGAACAAAGGCAACUGCUGGGAAUGGGCAAUCUGUUGGGAGUCCUCCAGACAGCCCCGCAAAACCACACACAGCCUCCUCAAAAGACUUGAUACUGGAGUCAAAAGACACCAAAUCUGAAGACAGGCAGAGCAACACGCCUUCACCUCCUGUCAGCACUUUCUCUUCAGGAACGUCAACAACGAGCGACAUUGAGGUGCUUGACCACGACAGUGUCAUAAGCGAGAGCUCGGCCAGUUCAAGACAGGAGUCUGCCGAAUCCAAAGCUAGCUUGCAUUUAAUGCAGACGUCUUUUCAGCUUUUGUCAACUUCUGCCUGCUCAGACUUCCAGCGCCUGGACGACUAUCAGAAGCUCACGGAGAGCUCUGGUUCCUCGGAUGCUUUUGAGAGAAUUGACUCUUUCAGCAUGCAAUCCCUUGAUAGCCGGAGCGUUAGUGAAGUAAACUCAGAUGAUGAAUUGCCAGGUCGAGCUUGCACCUUGGCUUCAGUUACCAGCAGCCCCCCUGCUUCAACUCCUCUGGCAGCUGACCCAGACGAGAGCAAAAGCGAAGAACUGAACGACACCGUGAAAGACAGGUCACUGGAAGAGAAUGAAAUGGAAGAGAGUUGCCGCAGUGCAACCCCUGUUAAUUGCGAAGAACCUGAAGAAUUGGUAGAGUCUGAUCAAGCAAGUUCAGUGUUUUGCACAGUGACUAAUGAGCCCGAACAGACAACAGUCCAUCCUACGAGUGAGGAAGGCCAGGCAAACCAAGUAUAUCAUAAUCUGCAAUUGCAAAAGGUUAUUGAUGAGCUGACGAUCAGACUUGAAAAGAGAGAAACACAGAUAUUAGCUGUCAGUAAAGACAAAGCAAGACUGGAAGAAGACUAUGACAAUCUUAAAGAUGAGAUGAUAAACCUGAAGGAGGAAUGCUGCAGUGUUCAGUCUCUUAAAGAAGAGUUUACCCAGCGAAUCGCUGAUGCUGAAAAGAAAGCACAGUUAGCCUGCAAAGAGAGGGAUGCUUUAAAGAAGGACGUGAAAACACUUAAAGAGGAACUGUCCACAAGACUUAAUUCAAAUGAGACCGCUGAAAUUAUGAAGGAGAAGGAUGAGCAAAUCAAGGGUCUGCUUGAAGAAGGUGAAAAACUUUCCAAACAGCAACUUCACAAUUCCAACAGCAUAAAGAAGCUGAGAGUCAAGGACAAAGAAAACGAAGGCCUGCUUUCGAAACAAAGCAAAAAGAUCAAGGAGUUAGAAGAGGAGCUGAAGCAUUUGCAGCAGGUGUUGGAUGGCAAAGAGGAAGUGGAAAGGCAGCACCGUGAAAGCAUUAAGAAGCUGAACGGUGUGGUCGAGAGGCAGGAGAAGGAGCUGAGCAGGCACCUGACAGACCUGGAGGAGUAUCAGGAGACAAACCGCAGCCUCCAGGCGGCUCUGGAUAAUUCCUACAAGGAGCUUGCAGAGUUGCACAGAGCAAAUGCUACAAAGGACAGUAAAGCUCAGGAGGCUGCACUUAGCCGGGAGAUACAGGCCAAGGAGCAAUUGAGCGUGGCACUGGAGAAGGCCCAGGAAGAAUCAAGAAUGCAACAGGAGGCGUUAGCAAUGCAGGUAGGAGACCUGAGGUUGGCUUUGCAGAGAGCAGAGCAGCAGCAAGGUAGAAAGGAGGAUUAUCUCCGUGAAGAGAUCAGUGAAUUACAGCAGAGACUUCAAGGAGCAGAAACUCGUAACCAAGAACUGAGCCAGAGUGUUACAUCAGCAACAAGACCAUUGCUUCGACAGAUUGAAAACCUACAGGCAACGCUGGGGGCACAAACCACCGCCUGGGAGAAACUGGAGAAGAACAUCUCAGAUAGACUUGCUGAUGCUCAAGCACAGCUGGCAGCUGCAGUGGAGAAAGAGCGUGCCGCUACAGAAGAGCUUCUUACAAUAAAAUCCCAGAUGGCAACUAUAGAGUCCCAGAACAGCCUCAUGCGCCAAGAGAAGAGCCGCCUGCAGGCUCAGCUGGAGUCAGAGAAAUCCAAGCGAGAGAGACUGGAGGAUGAAAGCAGCAGGGAGCAGGUAGAGUUGGAAAAUGUGAAGGCUGACUACACGAGAGUGCUGGAGGAAUCUAAAAAACAAAAGAUGCUUCUAACAAGUCAGUUAGAAAUGGAGAAACUGAAGGUUGAGCAAGAAAAGAAGAAAUGUUUUCUAGCUCAAGAAGCAUUAAAGGAAAAGGAAAGAAAAGCCUUUGUUCAUCCUGCCCUGGAAGCAACUACUUCAGCAACUCCAACCUUAUCCCGGUCGAGCUCUAUCAGUGGGGUUGAUAUGGCAAGCUUACAAUCGUCCUUCCUUGCACAGGAUGAUGCCCUUGAUCACUCAUUUGGACCAAUGACCACAUCUGCUAGUGGAAGUAAUCUUUAUGAUGCUGUUCGGAUGGGGGCAGGAUCCAGCGUUAUUGAAAACCUGCAGUCUCAGCUGAAGCUACGGGAAGGGGAGAUAAUGCAGCUUCAGUUUGAAAUUUCAAACCUAGAAAAAACACGGACAGUAAUGGCAGAGGAGUUGGUGAAAUUAACCAAUCAAAAUGAUGAACUUGAAGAUCAGGUGAAGGAAAUUCCCAAGCUGCGUGUCCAGCUAAGGGACCUGGACCAGAGGUACAACACCAUUUUACAGAUGUAUGGUGAGAAAGCAGAAGAAGCAGAGGAACUUCGACUUGACCUAGAAGAUGUAAAGAGUGUGUACAAAAUCCAAAUAGAUGAACUUAUGAAAACAAAGAAAUAACUGAAACCUCCCUGCGGAACUAUAUCAGUAAGAGUGAAAAAUAUGAUCUGAUGAAGACUGGAACAUAGUGGUGCACAACUAAGCAAACAGCUGCAUUCUCUCAAAUAAUGUAUUUGUUACCCCCAAAUGUUCCCCUGUAAAAAUGUGAAAUGAAACAAAACAAAUCAUCAUGAUCCAUUCCUUUACAGCAGGGUCCUGGAGCGCCCCUAUCCAGCAGGUUUUAUAGGUGUCUUUACAUCAUCAGUGGCUAAAGAUCUGCAACACCUGUUCAUCUUGACUAAGCCAAUAAUUGGUUCAAUUAAGUAACUGAGAGAUUGGUUGAAAUGAACACCAGCAGCCACAGUAGCUCUCCUGGACCAGGGUUGGAGACCCCUGCUUUACAGUUUAUUUUGAUAAAAGUUACACAUCCAGUACACUAAAUAGUCUUGCCCUGAAUGUAAAACUAGACAUUAAAAUGACUGAAAAUGUGGGCCAAUGAUUUUUUUCAUAAAGAAUUUCAUGUGCAUUAGAUUAUUUAUGAAAGAUUGUUUUAUUGAAGUGGCAAUAUGUUUGUAAUUGACUAUAGGCACCUUUUGCAAAGAAAGCUGGUAGUGGCUAAUAAUUUAUUAAGGUUUUUUUUUUUUUUUUUAAGUUCUUCUGUAAGGUAUUACUUUUUGCCAAUUCUAAUUAAAAAAUAAUAUUAGUAAUAUUAGUAAUUUUUACUCUAAAGCUGUGUUUCAUUCACAACUUGAUUAGCUCAAAUUUAUUUAUGUAUUUAUUUUUGAGAAUGUGACCUUGUACAUUUAAAUUACAAUUGUAGUUUUUGACUGCAGUAAUUCACGUUUUACAUCAUUUUCCUAAGUAAAAUUGAAACCAAAACUAAAGUAAAAAAAGUACAUCUAUAUCUAUAGAUAGUGGUUUUCAGAUUUGAUAAAGCGUACAUCAACAGAUAAAGUAAUAGCUGGGUUUUAUUGCAUGUUAAACUUGUUCCCUUCCUACAUAUUUCUGGGGUUAACAAAUAUAGUGUAAGCCAAUUACAAAAAAUAAUGUAGUUUUCGUUUACUGAUAAAAUUCAUUCCAGUCAUUGUUUAUAAUGCUAAUACAUUGAAGUACGGAUUUAGGACAGAUCAAAUACUUUAAUCUAUAGUCUUGAGUUUCUGCUGUAUUUAAUAGUAUGUUGCUGUUGUACACUUCAAGAAAAUAUAUAACUGAAUACAUAUUAAAAAAAGUGUGCUAUAGGUAUGUAUGCCACAAAUGUAGGUUGCUUGUUUAAAUGUCAUACCUAGCUGUAAAUUGAUGUAAAUAUGGUCUUGAGAUAUAUUUACAAGAUAUUGAAAUUAAAAUAUCUUUGACUUUUUUGCUGCA